UGGCCUAAUUGGAGCCUUCAUCCCCACAUGUGACGCCGCUGGACAAUACACCCCUGAGCAAUGUUCCGGCUCUACAGGUUAACACACACACUCAUACAAGCCCACAGUAAAUUAUCCAAUUCAGUUGAACGUGACAAUUAAAUCUCUUACUGUAAAAUGUGUAAAUAUUGUCUAUGUAACAGGUUAUUAACAUGUCCAAUUCUGGUAGGUUACUGUUGGUGUGUGAACAGUUCUGGACAGAAGAUCCAGGGUACUGAGACUCUACCAGGCACUGCUAGAAUCAACUGUGCCACACAGAAUGCUACGAUACGACCCAAGACCCCCUGUGAGCGUGCUAGAGAUGAUGUGAUAAAUGGCCUAAUUGAAGCCUUCAUCCCCAUGUGUGACGCCGCUGGACAAUACACCCCUGAGCAAUGUUCCGGCUCUAAAGGUCAAUGUUGGUGUGUGAACAGUUCUGGACGGAAGAUCCCGGGUACUGAGACUCGACCAGGCACUGCUAGAAUCAAAUGUGCCACCAAGUAUGGUACGAUACGACCCAAGACCCCCUGUGAAGGUGCUAGAGAUGCCGCGACACAUGGCCUAAUUGGAGCCUUCAUCCCCACAUGUGACGCAGCUGGACAAUACACCCCUGAGCAAUGUUCCGGCUCUAAAGGUCAAUGUUGGUGUGUGAACAGUUCUGGACGGAAGAUCCCUGGUACUGAGACUCGACCAGGCACUGCUAGAAUCAACUGUUCCACCAAGUGUAAGUGAGGCCCUGUGGUCUCAUCCAACACCAUCACCACUUUAAACUCC